ACCAAAUAUGAAAAUCAAAAUAUAGCUGACGGGAUUAUUACAAAUGGACAGAGCUGGUCAACCAGGCCUAUAAUACAAAUUAAGAUAAAAGUGGCAGUCUGUGAGAAAUGUUGAUCAAACAAUCAAAAAGACAGUGAAAACGCACUUCUUUUGGUUGCUAGAGUUGCUGAAAUAUGUACUAACAAAAAGCUCCAGUAGUGCUGAUAAUGUCAACUAUUAUCAGCACUGUGCGAUAAAUGUAAACAAAAGGAACUGCUUUAAUGCGAGCCACAUGGACAGGCAAAGACAGUCGGUCCAGGUAAAACAAGUAUUUCACCUCUUUAAGGGCAUCAAACGUCUGCUAUCAGUGGCUUCGUUCUUUCAGCCAGAGCCAGAUAUGGGUUUGAUGGACUGGUUGUGGGAGCAGCAUCAGUUUUUAAUGCACCAGUGUUUUUCACUUCCAUUCGCAUUUUUGUUUUGUUUUCUUGCUAAACGGGGAUAUCUGUCCUUGACGCACAGGUACCUGUUUGUUUCUGUCGGAGGAUGUGUCCUGGCAGGUGUCACGAUGGGUAUCUACAGCAUGCUUCUGUUCACCUCCACCUUUGUCUUUAUUCUGCUCGUGUGCUCUGUGGAUCCCAGAUGUAUCCAUGCCUGGGUGUUUGGUGUCCAGAUGUUGUGGCAAACCUUCUGGCACCUGCUUAUACAGUACAGGGAAUACUACCUGCGUGAGCCCGUCAGCAUCAGAUUGUUUUUGGCAGCGUCCUCUUUGAUGCUGCUUACGCAGAGAAUCACCUCAGUCUCCAUGGACCUCCAGGAGAAACGAGUUAUGUUGCCACUGAAUGCUUCAUCCAAACGGGAGGCUUGUGUGAUGCUUCUCCCUCUUAUCAGCUACAUCCUCAAUUUCACCACACUGCUUGGUGGCCCUUUGUGCUCCUAUAGCCGAUUCGUGUCCCUAAUGGCGGAAAUCAGCCUCAACCCUCUGCCUAAUCCACUGAGUGUGGUCUUCCUAAAGUUGAUUCAAGUGUUAUUGCUAGAGUGGGUAAGACAUGGUCUUUCCUAUUUUCUGAAACAUAACACCUACGAUCCCUCCAAAUCUAUCAUUCUCUAUGGCGUCCUGUGGGUUUGGGGUCUAGCGGUGGUUUUGAGGAUCCAAUAUUAUUCUCACUGGAAGAUCAGUGAAUGCCUCAAUAAUGCAGCCGGGUUUGGCUUCUGGGAAAAUUCAUCAGGAGACUCCUCAGCCUGGAGCGGACUAUCUGAUGGGGAUUUCUGGACCAUCGAAGCCUCGACCCGCAUGUCAGAGUUUGCCCGUCGAUGGAACGCCACAACAGCUUCAUGGCUGCGUAGACUGGUUUAUAUAAGGUGCAAACAUUUCCCGUUGUUCAUGACUUUUAGUUUUUCAGUGUGGUGGCAUGGUUUGCAUUUAGGUCACUUUGUGGGAAUGAUGACCUGGGCAGCAACAGUGAAAGCAGAUUAUCAUAUACACAGGCACUUGUGCCCAAAACAUCCAUCAACAUGGAGGAAGAUAUACACUUGUUUAAGCUGGAUAAACACUCAAAUGAUUGUUGCUUGUAUUGUUACAGCAGUAGAAUUAAGAAAUAUGUCUGGUUUGAGACUUUUGUCUAUAACAUACAUAGGUCUGUUUCCACUUUUUAAUAUAAUCCUGCUCUUUCUCAAACGCAACACAGUUUACUAAUGUAGUCACAUGACCACACUCCUAUACUUACCUAUUAGUGAUAUAAAGGGUCCACUCCAAUAUGACAGCUUGUACUGUCAUCAAAAUAUAUGAAUGGACUUUGUGUUAUUCUCAGCAUGGAGAAUCUGCCUAACAUAUUGUAUGUUUGUGUUGCUUUUCUUUGUUGUUGGUGUUGUUUGUACUGUUAAUGGUGUUUUGUUGAAUUGGGAAAAAUUAAUAAACAAAGUGUUCAAUAAAAGCUGCAUUAGGGCUGGACAAUUUAAAAAAAUAUAUUUUGAUUAUUUUGACUGAUUACAAUUGUGUUAUGAUUUGCAAUAUUAGAGGGAUUGUUUAUUUUUUACAUCAUUAUUCUCAUUUUCAUUGAAAAACAAUUUUGGCAUGAUUUUUUAAAGGAUUUGUACCAAACAAAGAUCUUUUCUUAAGCAUGGAGAA